AUGAUUAGAACUUCUGUAGUUAAAUCAACUAUUGCAAGACGUGCUUUACAAAGAUGUGGUUCUCAUGCAACCGUAAUGGUUCCAUCCACUCAGAGAUUUUAUUCUUCUCCAUCGACUAUAUUAUUAAAACAACAACAACAAAAUGAUACUUUUGCAACAAAGGGUAAAAGACCAGAACCUGCACCAAGUUUUAAUAUCGAUAUUCAAUCUUCUUCAACUACAACUGUCUCAAGUAAACUGGCAGAUAAUGCUGCUAAGAAGAAACAAUUAGAUAACUCCCUAGUAGGUAUGACCGGUGGUCAAAUCUUUAACGAAAUGAUGUCUAGACAUAAUGUAGACACUGUCUUUGGUUAUCCAGGUGGUGCAAUCUUACCUGUCUAUGAUGCAAUUUAUAACAGUGAGAAUUUUAAAUUUGUCUUACCAAAACAUGAACAAGGUGCUGGGCAUAUGGCUGAAGGUUAUGCUAGAGCCUCGGGGAAACCAGGUGUUGUCCUUGUGACUUCUGGCCCAGGUGCUACUAAUGUUGUUACUCCAAUGGCUGACGCUUUAGCUGAUGGUAUCCCAAUGGUAGUGUUCACAGGCCAAGUGCCAACUACAGCUAUUGGUACUGAUGCUUUUCAAGAAGCUGAUGUUAUUGGGAUCUCUAGAUCAUGUACAAAAUGGAACGUUAUGAUAAAAAACGUUAAGGAAAUGCCUACUAGAAUCAAUGAAGCCUUCGAAAUCGCAAUGAGUGGUAGACCAGGACCUGUCUUAGUAGAUUUACCAAAGGAUGUUACUGCUGCAGUCUUAAGACAAGCUAUCCCAAUAAAUAGCGCUCUACCUACCGAUACUUUACAUCAAUCCUCUGUGAAAGAAUUACAAAACGAAUUUACUGUAGAAAGUAUUAAUAAAGCUGCAGAUUUGAUUAAUUUGGCAAAGAAACCAGUGUUGUACGUAGGUAGUGGUAUCUUCAAUAAUGAAGAUGGACCUCGUGUCCUAAAGGAAUUGAGUGAACGUGCUCAAAUUCCUGUCACCACUUCAUUACAAGGCCUGGGUGCAUUCGAUCAAGAAGACCCUAAAUCUCUAGAUAUGUUAGGUAUGCAUGGAUGCGCUACAGCUAAUUUGGCUAUUCAAAAUUCAGAUUUGAUCAUAGCAGUCGGUGCAAGAUUCGAUGAUCGUGUCACAGGUAAUAUCUCCAAAUUUGCUCCAGAGGCACGUAAAGCCGCUAUGGAGAACCGCGGUGGUAUUAUUCAUUUUGAAAUCUCUCCAAAGAAUAUUAAUAAAGUCGUGGAGGCUCAAGUUGCCGUUGAAGGUGACGCUACUGCUAACUUACAAUCUAUUUUACCUAAAAUAUUCCCUGUCAAGGAAAGAACUCAAUGGUUUAAGGAUAUCAAUGGUUGGAAAGCAAAAUAUCCUUACGAGUAUAUGAGAGAAACUCCCGGUUCAAAGAUUAAACCACAGACAGCUAUCUCUAAAUUGUCAAAGAUCGCUAACGCUACAGGUAAGGAUGUCAUUGUCACCACCGGUGUCGGUCAACAUCAAAUGUGGGCUGCACAACAUUGGACUUGGAAGAAACCUCGUACUUUUAUCACCUCAGGUGGAUUAGGUACUAUGGGUUAUGGUCUACCUUCUGCGAUUGGUGCUCAAGUGGCACAUCCUGACGCUCUAGUCAUAGAUAUCGACGGGGAUGCUUCUUUCAAUAUGACUUUGACAGAACUAAGUUCGGCUGUCCAAGCAGGAACUCCAAUCAAGAUCUUACUGCUAAAUAAUGAGGAACAAGGUAUGGUGACACAAUGGCAAUCCUUGUUCUAUGAGAACCGUUACUCUCAUACUCAUCAAUUGAACCCAGAUUUCAUGAAACUGGCUGAAGCAAUGGGUUUGAAAGGUAUUAGAGUUACUAAGCAAGAACAAUUGGAUGGUGCUCUGGAAGAAUUUGUUAAUACGGAAGGUCCAGUGUUAUUGGAAGUCGAGGUCGAGAAGAAGGUUCCAGUUUUGCCAAUGGUCCCAGCUGGUAAAGGUCUUGACGAAUUUAUAUAUUUCGAUGAAGCCACAGAAAAGGAACAAAAUACUUUACGUCAUAAACGUACCAAUGGUAAGCAUUGA